AUGUCCAGUCGAUCGAGAAGACCUGAAUUUAACGUCGGUUCGAAUUACGAAUUAUUACAUGUAAUUGGAGAGGGUGCUUACGGCGUUGUAUGCGCCGCCAUUCAUAAACCAACCGGCCAAAAGGUCGCUAUAAAGAAAGUUAAACCUUUCGACCACUCUCUGUUUUGCUUGCGUACUCUUCGUGAAAUGAAGCUUUUGCGCUAUUUUAAUCAUGAGAACAUCAUAUCGAUUCUAGAUAUUGUGAGGCCUGAAAACAUGGGGAAAUUCAAUGAAGUUUACCUUGUUCUAGAACUUAUGGAAGCCGAUUUGCACGGUAUUAUUCGGUCCCAGCGAUUGAGCGAUGACCAUUGCCAGUACUUUAUUUAUCAAAUUCUUCGCGCUCUCAAAGCAUUGCAUUCUGCAAAUGUCUUGCAUCGCGAUUUAAAGCCGAGCAACUUGCUUGUAAAUGCCAACUGUGAUUUAAAGAUUUGCGAUCUUGGUCUUGCUCGAAAUGCAAAUCCUAGCGACGAACAAAGUGGCUUUAUGACCGAAUAUGUCGCUACCCGAUGGUAUCGUGCACCAGAGAUUAUGCUCACGUUCAAUGUAUAUACGAAAGCCGUUGAUAUUUGGUCUGUCGGAUGCAUCAUGGCGGAAAUAUUGGGUAGAAAGCCAUUGUUUCCCGGGAGAGAUUACCAUGACCAGCUUAGGUUGAUUUUCGAAGUUCUAGGAACACCCAGGCCAGACGACCUCAAGAGCAUUAGUAGUAAAAGGGCUCGCCAGUAUAUAAGGAGUAUGCCUUUUAAGAAGCGCAUUCCCUUUGCACAACUAUUCCCCAAUGCGAAUCCGCUUGCUCUGGAUUUGCUUGAAAAAAUGCUUACAUUUAAUCCAUCGAACAGAAUUACAGUUGAAGAGGCAUUAAACCACCCCUACAUGGAGCCUUUCCAUGAUCCUAGUGAUGAGCCAGGAGCGGAUCCAAUUCCCGAUUCAUUUUUUGACUUUGAUAAACAGAAAGAUUCGUUGACGAAGGAGGAACUAAAGGUGCUAAUUUACCAGGAGGCUAUGCAUUUUUCUACAAUAGAGAAGCAAGAAGUAUAA